UCAGGUUCGUCAGGUCGAUCGAGCUAUUAUAAACGUGCACGUGGCGGUUCGGGCGGUGCAAGACGUGGACGUCGAGGAGGUGCUCGCAAUUCAAAAAGCCCUGCUGCUGCAGCCUCGUCAAUAAAUUCGAGACUGUUUCCGAGCUGUUGA